UUUCGCAAGCAAACAGAGCACUCGUGUACGCGUAUCGGUUGUCCCGAACGUCAGGGGCGCAUAACCUUCUUUCUGUUGUGUCUUUAUAAUAUCCGUAUUAGUGCAAGAUGUUUAAGUGCAGCCAAUGUGAUGUUGAGUUUAUCGAUGGUCCGCAAUGUUCGACCUGCAAGAAUAGGUUCGAUUUCCGGUGUUCUGGGAUUACAGAAUCAGGCUAUCGUAAGCUCGGAGAACGUAAAAAUAACUGGAAGUGUAUAUCUUGUAAAAAUAAGGGAUCGACGCAGACUCUUGCUCCGGUCGGAGGUGGAUCCAGCCCCUCUUCACCAGUUCCUUCUGAUCUCGAUGGUGUCUUGAAGGAUAUUAGACGUAUAAGUAUUCAAAUGGCGGCCCUUCCUGAAUUGGUCUCCGAUAUUAAGUCAAUCAAGUCCGAUCUAGCAGAUCUUGCCUCCCUGAGAUCUGAGCUGGUCGAACUCAAAACGUCGGUUGACUUUAUACAUCAAAUGUUUGAGUCUACGACGGAUAAAAUCUGUAAACUAGAGAAAGAGGUUCAAGGUCUUCUCAAAACUAACGACGAAGUCAAGUCACUCCAGCAGCGGAUCGACGGUCUCGAACGCACUGUACGUGAGAAUGAACAACGUUCGCGCCUAAAUAAUAUCGAGAUAAAAGGUCUCCCUAUGACCUCAUCUGAAAACCUAUUUACGAUAGUCACAAACAUUGGCAAAUUUAUUAAAUGCCCUAUCUCUAAAGAGCAGAUUAAUUACGUUGCCAGGAUUCCUUCAUCUAACGAUAAAUUACCUAAACCAGUCAUCGUGGCCCUUCAUAAUAGAUAUUUAAAGGAGGAUUUUGUUGCGGCAGCGAAGAAAUGUAAUUUGUCACCGGGGGAUCUAAACCUGCAUGGAACCGGCAGAAUUUUCAUUAACGACCAUCUGACCUUGGACAACAAGCUACUGCUGAAUAAAACAAAGUUGCUGGCGAAGGAGAAAGGCUACGCUUUCACUUGGGUCAAGGGGUGUAAGAUUUUUUUAAGAAAAAAUCCCGAGUCACGCGUCAUCCUUGUAAGAUCAGAACUAGAUUUAAAAAAACUGGAGUAAAUACUUGUUACCUUACUAA